UCAUAUUUUUACGUGGAUUGUCUUUCCCAGGAUUGGGUUUUAGGGGAAAGGAAUUUGGCGUUGCUUGGAUUUUCUGUGUAUAUCAAUUUCUGUGUGUAUAUCAAUUGUGUGCAUCGAAAAAGCGUGGCAGCCCAAGCUGUGUCCAGGACAGAUUGCUUGUUAGCUGUGUUGGAUUUGUAAUGGAUGAUAAUGAUGACUUUACUUUUUGUAAGGUACCGGGUCCGGUCAAUGUAGAAGUGUUUGAAGCACAUAAAACUGUUCCAGAUGUUGGAAAUAUUGAUUUGAAUGAUGAACCGAGAAAAGGCAGUCAAACUGAUGAUACUAGUGGUGCUAUUUCAAAAAAUGACUCGAUUGCUGCAAAAGUAUCAAAAGAUGUAGGAAGUUCACCGAGUGCAUCACAAGAGCCGCAAACUGUAGUAAAGAAGCCAGCACCUAGGGCCAAGGUUCCUUUUGAGAAGGGUUAUAGUCAAAUGGACUGGCUUAAACUUACUCAAACACAUCCGGACUUAGCAGGGUUGAAGGGACAAUCAAAUAAGAGGCUAAUUACACUGAAAGAAGUGAAGCUGCACAAAACAGAAGAAGACUCCAUGUGGACUGUUCUUAAUGGUCGUGUCUACAAUAUAACUCCUUAUAUGAAGUUCCAUCCAGGAGGUGUCGAUUUCUUAAUGAAGGCUGUUGGAAAAGAUUGUACUGCUUUAUUCAAGAAAUACCAUGCUUGGGUGAAUGCUGACUUCUUGCUAGAGAAGUGUCUGGUUGGUGUUUUAGAUGAUAGCCCGUAAAGGUCGCCUUUUCAUAAAAAAUGAGAGACCCGUUGUAAGUCUUUUGUUCACCCAUGGCAUACAUACACAGCUAUAGCAAGAACACAGGUGACUGGACUCUGCCGGGCGUCACCAAUUGUUUUUUGAAUAUUACCCAAGAUGUCCACUAUGAUCAUGACCAGCAUCCUUGGAUUGGAGGCAAACAUUUGAUUUUCAGGUUCGGUUUAUGAUACAUUUUUUAAAUCAUUGUAACAAGUUAUAAUUCAAUUAUUAAGAUUAUAAUUAUAUUUGUCAUGGCAGUAGUUUAAGCCUUA